CUGAGGCCCAAGGCCACAGGUGAGUCCGGGUGGAAUGAAUGAUUUGAGGUGCCAGGGGAAGAAGGGGGUGUCCUAGACGUCUCUCAGGGGUUAGAGAAUGUGGGACCCUCAUGCCCAGGCAGAGUCCAGCCCCACCCACACUCCAUCCCGCCCUUCCCCACUGCCCUCUCUAGUAAGCUAUACAUCUUAAAAGCCUCACCGCGGAAGCUCCCCACCCCCUCCUCCCCAGCGCCUUCUGAGCUCUGGAUUCCCAUCCUCACAGGGAGCUUGGGAAAUAGACCCAUUUUCCAGAACUGGGAAAUAGAUCCGGGUUUUUUUCUCAAAAUCAAGUGAUCGUUAGAUCCCAGGACCCCAACUUAGAAUGAUGGGCCCCUUCCCACCUCAGCCAGCGCCUGGCCCGUCACAGGGGCCAAGGAAUGUUUGUGGAAUGAAUGAAUGAGGAACAAAUGAUGAUUCUGGUCGAAUUCCCCAGGGUCACGGGGGAGUGGUUAGGACCCGGGUCCCCCAGUAGGAAGUGGGUAGUAAGGGGCCUCUUGCAACCAGUAGCUGCGGUAUUGCAGGCGGCUGCGCACCGUAGGAAGACAGCUGGGGCUGUGCAUUGUAGGAAAACAGCUGGGCUCCUUGGGCUGGGCCCUGGCCGGUGUGUCCGAAGGCUGGCCCCUGGGUGCCUUGGCCCGCGCCUGGCUCUAUCCCACGAUGACGAAGCAAGAGGCGCGCGGCCCCUUUAAGAAACCAGGCUAGGCGCAGCCGCACUGUGGCCCCGCUCCCCCCUCUAUGAGCUUGGCUCCUGAGGGGGCUGGUCCGUGAGUGGCAGGUGCAGCGACCAAUGGUCGCUGGAGGGGGCGGGGCCGGGUGCAUCUGCAGUCGCCUGGAUGCCAAGGGCGACCGGCUUCGGGGGCUCUGCGUUCUUUGGGGGCCCCUCUUAAAGGGGCCGCGCUCCAGGCCGCUGCCCGGCGGAGAGGAGGCCCCCAGAACUGGGAGGCUGGAACGUCCCACCAUGGCCUUCUGGACGCAGCUAAUGCUGCUGCUUUGGAAGAAUUUCACGUAUCGCCGGAGACAGCCGAUCCAACUCCUCGUCGAGUUGCUGUGGCCUCUCUUUCUCUUCUUCAUCCUGGUAGCCGUCCGCCACUCCCACCCCCCAUUUGAGCACCAUGAGUGCCACUUCCCCAACAAGCCACUGCCAUCGGCGGGCACAGUGCCCUGGCUCCAGGGCCUCAUCUGUAACAUGAACAACACCUGCUUUGCGCAGCCCACGCCUGGCGAGGAGCCCGGGGUCCUGAACAACUUCAACGACUCCUUGGUCUCCCGGCUCCUGGCCGAAGCCUAUGGUGUCCUGGGGGGCCCCAAUGCCAACAGGACGCUGGCCGGCCUGGGGAAGCUGAUGCCCAUGUUGAGGGCAGCAGGCAGGACAGCUGGGCCUCAACAGAGUGACCAUCCACAGGAGGGACUGUCAAUGCCAGCCACACUGGCCACUGAGCUGCUGGGGACCCUGCUGCGAGGGGACCCACUGGGGUCUGUGCUGGGCCAAGCUCGGGAGGCCAUGGACGGCUUUGUGGAGGCAGCCAAAGACCUGGCCCAGGAGCUCCUGGCGCUGCCCAGCCUGGCUGAGCUGCGAACCCUGCUGCAGAGACCCCGAGAGGCCAGUAGCCCCCUGAAGGCAGUGAUAGAGGCCUUGUGUGGUGCCAGGGGGUCUGGGGGCCCAGGAGUGCCCUCCCUCAACUGGUAUGAGGACAGCAACCUGAGGGAGUUCAGGGGGCAGGAGCCGGCACCAGCCCUGGUGGACGGUGGCCUGAGCCCUGCCUGCACCAAGCUGAUGGGGGCCCUGGACACCCACCCACCGUCCCGCCUGCUUUGGAGGCGCCUGGAGCCACUGGUCCUGGGGAAACUGCUGUUCACACCUGACACACCCUUCACCCGGCAGCUCAUGGCCCAGGUGAACCAGACCUUCGAGCAGCUGGCUCUGCUGAGGGACAUCCAAGAGGCGUGGGCGGUACUGGGACCCCAAAUUUCCAACUUCAUGAACGACAGUUCAAACGUGGCCGUGUUGCAGCGGCUCCUGGAGAUGCAGGACAAAAGGAGUCAGCCAGGACCCGGAGGCCAGGAGCUGACAGAGGCCCUCCGCACCUUCCUGGACCCCACCAGGGGUGGCUACAGCUGGCGGGAGGCCCACACUGAUGUAGGGCGCCUGGUGGGCAUGCUGGGCCGCAUGAUGGAGUGCGUGUCACUGGACAAGCUGGAGGCAGCGCCCUCCGAGGCGGCGCUCGUGGUGCGGGCUCAGCAGCUGCUGGCCGAGCGCCGCUUCUGGGCCGGCUUCGUCUUCCUGGGGCCCGAGGACUCCCCGGACCCCUCCGCGACCCCAGCCCGGGACUCUAGUCCCGGCCACGUGCGUGUCAAGAUCCGCAUGGACAUCGACAACGUUAUGAGGACCAAUAAAAUCAGGGACAGGUUUUGGGACCCCGGCCCCGCUGCUGACCCCUUAACCGACCUGCGCUACGUAUGGGGCGGCUUCGUGUACCUGCAGGACCUGCUGGAGCGCGCGGCUGUGCGGGUGCUCAGCGGCGCCACUCCGCGCGCAGGCCUCUAUCUGCAGCAGAUGCCCUACCCGUGCUUUGUGGACGACCUGUUCCUGCGCGUGCUGAGCCGGUCGUUGCCGCUCUUCCUGACGCUGGCUUGGAUCUACUCGGUGGCGUUGACGGUGAAGGCCGUGGUGCGGGAAAAGGAGACGCGGCUGCGGGACACGAUGCGUGCCAUGGGGCUAGGCCGCGCAGUGCACUGGCUUGGCUGGUUCGUCAGCUGUCUCGGGCCCUUUCUUCUCAGCACCGCGCUGCUAGUGCUGGUGCUCAAGCUCGGGGACAUCCUCCCCUACAGCCACCCUGCCGUGGUCUUCCUGUUCCUGGCGACCUUCGCGGUGGCCACUGUGGUCCAGAGCUUCUUGCUGAGCACCUUCUUCUCGCGCGCCAACUUGGCGGCCGCCUGUGGGGGCCUCGCCUACUUCACGCUCUACCUGCCCUACGUGCUGUGUGUGGCAUGGCGGGACCAGCUGCCCGUAGGCGUCCGUGUGGCCGCGAGCCUAUUGUCGCCCGUGGCCUUCGGCUUCGGCUGCGAGAGUCUGGCACUGCUGGAGGAGCAGGGAGAGGGCGCGCAGUGGCACAACGUGGGCUCCGGGCCCGCGGCCGACGUCUUCAGCCUGGCCCAGGUCUCAGGCCUGCUGCUGCUGGACGCUGGGCUCUAUGGCCUGGCCACCUGGUACCUGGAGGCCGUGUGCCCAGGCCAGUACGGGAUCCCUGAACCGUGGAACUUCCCUUUUCGGAGGAGCUACUGGUGUGGGCCCCUGCCGCCCAAGGACCCCGCCCCGACCCCCGUCACGCAGGACCCAGAAGUGCUGUUGGAAGAGGCACCCCCCGGCCUGCGUCCCGGUGUCUCCGUGAGGGGCCUGGAGAAGCACUUCCCCGGCAGUCCACAGCCAGCCCUGCGCGGGCUCAGCCUGGACUUCUACCAGGGCCGUAUCACCGCCUUCCUGGGCCAGAACGGGGCCGGCAAGACCACCACGCUGUCCAUCCUGAGCGGCCUCUUCCCUCCCAGCGGUGGCUCUGCCUUCGUCCUGGGAUACAACGUCCAGUCCCACAUGGCAGCCAUCCGGCCCCACCUGGGCGUCUGCCCCCAGUACAACGUGCUGUUCGACCUGCUCACAGUGGAAGAGCAUGUCUGGUUCUACGGGCGGUUGAAGGGGCUCAGCGCUGCUGCUGUGGGGCCCGAGCAGGAUCGGCUGCUGCAGGAUGUAGGGCUCAUCCCCAAGCGCUGGACACAGGCAUGCCACCUCUCGGGUGGGAUGCAGAGGAAGCUAUCAGUGGCCAUCGCCUUUGUGGGGGGCUCUCAGGUCGUUAUCCUGGAUGAGCCCACGGCUGGAGUGGACCCUGCUUCCCGCCGCAGCAUUUGGGAACUGCUGCUCAAAUACCGCAAAGGCCGAACACUGAUCCUCUCCACCCACCACCUGGAUGAGGCGGAGCUGCUCGGAGACCGUGUGGCCAUGUUGACAGGCGGCCGCUUGUGCUGCUGUGGCUCCCCACUCUUCUUGCGUCGUCACCUGGGCUCUGGCUACUACCUGACAUUGGUGAAGGGUACCCUGCCACUGGCUGCUAGCAUGCAGGGUGAUGCUGACUUGAAGCACAGGGUGGACACAAGGCAGGAAGGAGAGCAGAGCAGAGUGGCCGACACAGCCCAGCUUCUGGCCCUGGUGCAGCGCCAGGUGCCCGGGACACGGCUGGUGGAGGAGCUGCCGCACGAGCUGGUGCUGGCCCUUCCCUACGUGGGUGCCCUGGACGGCAGCUUCGCCAAGCUCUUCCAUGAGCUGGACGGACGGCUCGGGGAGCUUGGGCUCAGUGGCUACGGGAUCUCAGACACCAGCCUCGAGGAGAUCUUCCUGAAGGUGGUAGAGGACUGUGGUGUGGACACAGACCCAGAGGGAGGUAGCCACAGACAGCCCCCGGGCAUGGGCUCUGCUGCCCCAGUCACCACCACGCGGCUCAUGGUGCAGCCUGAGGGGCCAGUCCUGGAGAAUGGGGAGCCAGCUGGGUCAGCCCUGGAGACACAGGCCCUGCGGGGCUCUGGCCUGGAUGCUGCAGGCCGGGUGCAGGGCUGGGUGCUGACCCGCCAGCAGCUCCGGGCCCUGCUUCUCAAGCGCUUUCUGCUGGCCUGCCGCAGUCGCCGAGGCCUGUUUGCACAGAUCGUGCUGCCUGCCCUCUUCGUGGGCCUGGCGCUAGUGUUCAGCCUCAUCAUACCACCUUUUGGGUACUACCCGGCGCUGCAGCUCAGUCCGGACAUGUAUGGGACCCGAGUGUCCUUCUUCAGCGAGGACACCCCAGGGGACCCCAAAAGUGCCCGCCUGCUCAAGGCACUGCUGGAGGAGGCAGGGCUGGAGGAGCUGUACCUGCAGAAUGCCUCCGACAGGGAGUCCAAGUGCACGCUGCUCCCCUCCUGCCUAUUCUUGGUGCCUGAGAUGCCUGAGGACGUGGCUGAGGUCUUGGCCAGGGGCAACUGGACCCCCGAGUCUCCGUCUCCAGCUUGCCAUUGCAGCCGACCUGGCACCCGUCGUCUACUACCUGAUUGCCCGGCUGCAGCCGGCGGCCCCCCGCCGCCCCAGGCGUUGACAGGCUCGGGUGAGGUGGUGCAGAACCUGACAGGCAGGAACCUGUCCGACUUCCUGGUCAAGACCUAUCCACGCCUGGUGCACCAGGGCCUGAAAACCAAGAAAAGAGUGAACGAGGUCAGGUAUGGGGGCUUCUCGCUGGGGGGCCGGGAUCCAGGCCUGCCCUCAGGGCAGGAUGUGGGCCGCUGGGUGAAAGACCUGCAGAUACUGCUGAGUCCCCCAUCUGGUGGGGCCCUGGAUCGCACGCUGAGCAGCCUCUCAGCCUGGGCUCAUGGCCUAGAUGCUCAGGACAGCCUCAAGGUCUGGUUCAACAACAAGGGCUGGCAUGCCAUGGUGGCCUUUGUCAACCGAGCCAACAAUGCACUCCUCCGUGCCAACCUGCCCCCAGGCUCCACGCACCGUGCCCACAGCAUCACCACGCUUAACCACCCCCUGAACCUUACCAGGGAACAGCUGUCUGAGGUCGCGCUGAUGGCUUCCUCAGUGGACGUCCUCAUCUCCAUCUGUGUGGUCUUCGCCAUGUCCUUUGUCCCUGCCAGCUUCACCCUUGUCCUCAUUGAGGAGCGUGUCACCCGAGCCAAACACCUGCAGCUUGUGGGGGGCCUGCCCCCCACCCUCUACUGGCUCGGCAACUUUCUCUGGGACAUGUGUAACUACCUAGUGCCAGUGUGCAUUGUGGUGCUCAUCUUCCUGGCCUUCCAGCAGAAGGCGUAUGUGGCCCCUGCCAACCUGCCUGCCCUUGUACUGCUGCUGCUACUGUAUGGCUGGUCAAUCACGCCACUCAUGUACCCAGCCUCCUUCUUCUUCUCCGUGCCUAGCACGGCCUACGUGGUGCUCACCUGCAUCAACCUCUUCAUUGGCAUCAAUGGAAGCAUGGCUACCUUUGUACUUGAACUCUUCUCUGACAAGAAGCUGCAGGAGGUGAGCCAAAUCCUGAAACGGGUCUUCCUCAUUUUCCCUCACUUCUGCCUGGGCCGAGGGCUCAUUGACAUGGUGCGGAACCAGGCCGUGGCUGAUGCCUUUGAGCGCCUGGGAGACAGGCAGUUCCAAUCACCUCUGCGCUGGGAGGUUGUUGGCAAGAACCUCUUGGCCAUGGCAGUCCAGGGGCCCCUCUUCUUCCUCUUCACGCUCCUGCUACAGUACCGCCAGUACCUCCUUCCACAGCCCAAGCUGCGUCCACUUCCGCCUCUGGGGGAGGAAGAAGAGGAUGUGGCCCGUGAGCGGGAGCGGGUAGUCCGAGGGGACACCCAUGAUGAUGUGCUGGUGCUGAGGGACCUGACCAAAGUGUACCACGGUCAGAGGAUGCCGGCUGUUGACCGCCUGUGCCUGGGAAUCCCCCCUGGUGAGUGCUUUGGGUUACUGGGUGUGAACGGAGCAGGGAAAACAUCCACGUUUCGCAUGGUGACUGGGGACAUGCUGCCCAGCGCGGGCGAGGCUGUGCUGGUGGGCCACAGCGUGGUUCAGGAAUCGGCCGCUGCUCACCGCCACAUGGGCUACUGUCCGCAGUCUGAUGCUGUCUUCCAGCUGCUGACUGGCCGUGAGCACCUGGAGCUGUUUGCACGUCUGCGUGGAAUCCCGGAGGCUCAGGUAGCCCAGACAGCACGCGUGUGCCUGGCACGCUUUGGGCUUGUGCGCUACUCCAAUCAGCCUGCCGGCACCUACAGUGGUGGCAACAAGCGGAAGUUGGCGACGGCUGUGGCACUGGUUGGGGACCCGGCCGUCGUGUUCCUGGACGAGCCGACCACGGGCAUGGACCCCCAAGCGCGGCGCUUCAUUUGGAACAGCCUGCUGGCCGUAGUGCGGGAAGGCCGCUCCGUGGUGCUCACCUCGCACAGUAUGGAGGAGUGUGAGGCACUCUGCACGCGCCUGGCCAUCAUGACCAACGGGCGCUUCCGCUGCCUGGGCAGCGCGCAGCACCUCAAGGGCAAGUUCGGAGCUGGCCACACGCUGACCCUGCGGGUGCCCGCCACACAGCCCAAGCCGGCGGUGGGGUUUGUGGCGGCGGCGUUCCCCGGGGCCGAGCUGCGGGAGGCGCACGGUGGGCGCCUGCGCUUCCAGCUGCCGCCAGGUGGGCUCUGCGCCCUGGGACGCGUCUUUGGCGAGCUGGCGGCACACGGCGCGGAGCACGGCGUGGAGGACUUCUCCGUGAGCCAGACCACCCUGGAGGAGGUAUUCCUGUACUUCUCCAAGGACCAAGGGAAGGAAGAGGACGAAAAGGACACUUUGCAGAAGGAGGCAGGAGUGGGCAUGUACCUGGCACAACGCCUGGAGCGCCCCAAACGCAUCAGCUGCUUCCUGGAGGACCCCAGUGCUGCAGAGACUGUGCUCUGAGCCCCCUUCCCCAGGGGCAGGACAGUGCAGAAGGCCUGGAGCUGGGAUCCAGGUUCUGGGAGGGGCAGCUGGCCGGGAGGAAAUAAAGAGACGACUGGUGGUGUGA